UUGCAGGAAGCAUUUGCUCUGUUUGACAAAGAUGGCGAUGGCAGCAUAACAGCCAGUGAACUUAAAACUGUCCUCAAAAGUUUAGGGCAUAAUGUUUCAGAUGAUGAAUGUAAAAAGAUGAUUAAAAAAGUUGAUAGGGAUGGGAAUGGUUUAAUAGACAUGAAUGAAUUUAUGGAGAUGAUGGGCUCAAGAUUGGAGGCUCCAAUUGAAAAGAGUACAGAAUUCAGAUUACUCUUCAAUGCUUUUGAUAAGGAUAACAGCGGUUACAUAGACAAAUCAGAGUUGAAACGGACGAUGAAAAACGUCGGAAUGAACCUCAGCAAAAAGGACGUCGAUAAUAUGAUGAAAACAGCCGGGGUCCAAAACAAAGAUAAAAUAUUUUAUGAAGGUUCGGAUUUUUUUUAA